AUGGAUAAAGCAAAAGUGGAGGUUAUUGAAAAACUUCCACCACCUAUGAAUGUAAAAGGAAUUCGGAGUUUCUUAGGUCAUGCUGGGUUUUAUAGAAGAUUUAUUAAAGACUUUUCAAAGAUUGUUAAACCUUUGAGUAAUCUGCUUGUUAAAGAUACAUCAUUCGUAAUGAGUGAAGAAUGUUUACAGGCUUUUGAUGUUUUGAAGAAAAGCUUGAUUUCUGCCCCAGUGAUUAUAGCUCCAGAUUGGAGUGUUAUGCUUGGCCAAAGGAGGGAUAAGGUGUUUCACGCUAUAUACUAUGCUAGCAAAGUCUUGAAUGAAGCUCAAUUGAAUUAUGCCACUACGGAGAAGGAAUUUUUUGCUAUAGUUUAUGCGUUAGAGAAGUUUAGAUCUUAUCUCAUUGGAUCUAAAGUGAUUAUCUACACUGAUCAUGCGACCAUAAAGUACUUGCUGACAAAGCCAGAUUCAAAGCCAAGAAAUUGUGACAAAUGUCAAAGGACGAGGCCUAUUUCAAGAUGGCAUGAGAUGCCCUUACAAGGCAUUCUGGAAGUUGAAGUUUAUGACUGCUGGGGUAUUGAUUUUGUUGGGCCCUUUCCACCAUAUUUUAAUAAUGAGUAUAUAGUGGUGGCGGUUGAUUAUGUGAGUAAAUGGGUUGAAGCUUUAGCAAGUCUCAAGAAUGAUGCUAAUGUAGUGAUUAAAUUCUUAAAAAGGAAAAAUUUCUCACGUUUUGGAACUCCCAAGGUACUCAUAAAUGAUGGGGGAUCUCAUUUCUGUAACUCUCAGCUUGCAAAGGUACUUAAACAUUAUGGAGUGAGAGAUAAAGUGGUGGCACUGUACCAUCCACAAACAAAUGGUCAAGCUGAAGUUUCCAACUGGGAGAUAAAGAGGAUUUUAGAAAAGACAGUUGCUGCCUCAAGGAAAGAUUGGUCACAUAAAUUAGAUGAUGCUCAUUGGGCAUACGGGACAACUAUGAAGACUUCCAUGGGUUUAUUGUUGGGAAACAGGAAGCUGAAGUCAAAAUGGUCAGGACCUUUCGUAAUAAAGAAGGUGCAUCCUCAUGGAUCAAUUGAUUUGUUGGAUCCGACUAAUAGUGAUCCAGAUAGAAGUUGGGUGGUGAAUGGACAGAGACUCAAGCACUAUCUGGGAGGAGAAGUGGAACGCCUGUCCACUGUGAUGAAGUUGGUGGAUCUGUAA